AUGCCUCCCCGACCGCGCCAACGCGGCGGCGAAGUCAGCGUCGCCACCGUCUAUCCAGACGUCAAUGUCCACAGACCGGCAGAGUAUUGGGACUAUGAUAAUCUACAUGUCCGAUGGGGUAGAAAUCAAGACAACUACGAAGUCGUCCGCAAAGUAGGCCGAGGAAAGUACUCGGACGUAUUUGAAGGAGUCUGCGUUAGCAACAAUGAAAAAUGCAUCAUCAAGAUUCUCAAGCCGGUCAAGAAGAAAAAGAUCAAGCGUGAGAUCAAGAUUUUGCAAGGCCUCUGCGGCGGUACCAACAUCAUCAAGCUCCUCGAUAUCUGUCGCGAUCCCCACUCCAAAGUCCCAUCUCUCAUUUUCGAGCACGUGAACAAUAGCGAUUUCAAAACCUUGUUCCCGACCUUCACGUCCCAGGAUGUGCGAUACUACAUCUACGAGGUCCUGAGAGCACUGGACUUUGCUCAUUCCAACGGGGUCAUGCAUCGCGACGUUAAACCACAUAAUAUCGUCGUCGAUCCCGCGACUAAAAAGCUCCGCCUUAUCGACUGGGGUCUUGCCGAGUUUUAUCACCCGAACAAGGAGUACAAUGUCAGGGUCGCGUCCAGAUAUUUUAAAGGACCAGAGCUUUUAGUUGACUUGCAGGAUUACGACUACUCGCUUGACAUUUGGUCCCUGGGAUGCAUGUUUGCGGGCAUGAUUUUUAGGAAGGAACCCUUCUUCCAUGGCCAUGAUAAUCCGGAUCAACUCGUUAAGAUCGGAAAAGUUCUCGGGACGGCCGACUUGCACGACUAUAUCAUCAAGUAUGGACUGAGUUUGAGUGCAAACUUUCAUGCUGUGAUUGGUUCACAUGCCCGAAAACCGUGGGAACGGUUUAUAACAGACGAGAACAGGCAUCUAGUCACCCCGGAUGCCGUCGACUUGCUGGACCAAAUGUUAGUCUACGACCAUCAAAAGAGGAUCACUGCGAAGAAGGCCAUGGAACACAUGUUUUUCGCAUCUGUGCGGGGAUCGGCCCAAUCAGCGAGAGCAGACGGAGUUGCUGAAGCAGCGGGAAAUGGGGUUGCGGAACAACCCACUAAUGAUGCCAUGAGCAUCGUGUUAUAAGUGGGCUCGUUCACUUCCGGAGUGCCCUACAUGUAGAUUGCGCCCGAGUAAUCUUGUGGUGUCAUCAACCAUGAAAGGGUUGUGUUUUUCUGCAUGGUUUGUAGCGUGUGAGACGGUCUGAAUGUAAGUAUUACAGUACUACUGCAGUUGAUCAAGAAUUCUUUUCAUCGGUUUGGUUAAAGUUAUUCCGAGGCUUCGAAGAGGCUCUAACAGAUAUCGUCCCACACUUUAUCACUCAGUGGUCAAAGCCUGGCUGAAUCGCGCACGUGGAACAGGGAUUGCAGUGGCAAUAGCCCUGUUGUCGUCCGUUCACUCGUGUGUGUGAUAGGUUUUGGGCUCAUCCCUUUGAUUAUGGCUCUAGUAACAUUAAAUCAUGGUGCGAAACGAAGAUUGACUGCAA